GGUGCUUCCGGUAGCUGCCUUCAGCUUCUUCCCUGUAGUCUGGUGCUGGGCAGCGAGACCAAAGAUAACCUUUAUCAGAAAGGAUGGAGUUGGGAAAAGGAAAUCUGCUCAGGACUGGACUGAAUGCCUUAUAUCAAGCAAUACAUCCAAUCCAUGGCCUUGCCUGGACCGAUGGGAAUCAGGUUGUCCUAACUGAUUUACAGUUGCACGAUGGAGAGGCCAAGUUUGGGGACUCCAUAGUCAUUGAACAAUUUGAAUAUGUCUGUGGGCUGUCCUGGGCACCAGCUGAUACAGUUGACAAACACUCUCUGCUUGCUGUCCAGCACAAGAAGUGUGUCACUGUGUGGGUACUGGGUCCCAGGACUAUGGAGACGAGCAAAUGGCUGAUGACUCAGGCCUGUGAGACUCAAGAAUCUCUUCCUGUCCUUCCCCAGGGUUGUUUGUGGCACCCAAAAAAUGCCAUCCUAACUGUGUUGACUGCACAAGAUGUUUCUGUUUUCCCUAAUGUUCACUGUGAUGGUACUCGGGUAAAAGUGGACUUCAACACCCAGGGUCGCAUUCACUGUGCAUGCUGGACCCAGGAUGGCCAGAGGCUGGUGGUGGCAGUAGGUAGCAGCCUGCAUUCUUAUAUUUGGGACAAUGCUCAGAAGGCUCUUCACAAGUGUUCUUUCUGCCCAGUAUUUGAUGUGGACAGCUGUGUCUGCUCCAUCAGCGCAACUGUAGACUCACAGGUUGCCAUAGCCACUGAGCUUCCACUAGAUAAGAUCUGUGGCCUAAAUGCAUCUGAAACCUUUGAUGUUCCACCUGAUGGCAAAGACACUUCUCUGUAUACUUUGCCAGUUAUUGGUAAAGUGCCCUCUGUGAAUACAGGGACAAUCAAUUCUGAAACAAAUUCUGAAAUAUCACUUUCUCCUUCCUUUUCUUCUUCCUGUUUAGAUCCUCUGGACCUAACUCAUAUACAAUUCAAUCAACAAAGGUCUGAAGGUAGUUCUCUGAUUUCUCUAAGAAAAAAGGACUAUUUGACAGGAACUGGCCACGAUUCUUCACAUUUAGUCCUUGUAACCUUUAAGGAAGGUGUUACCAUGAGCAAAAAAGUCACCAUUCCGGGGAUUUUGGUUCCUGAUCUAAUAGCAUGUAAUCUAAAAGCACAGGUAGUGGCCGUGGCUUCUAACACUUGUAACAUAAUUUUGAUCUAUUCUGUCAUUCUGUGCUCUGCACCAAGCUUCCAGCAAAUUCACUUAGAGAAUACUGAAAGACCAAAAGGCCUGUGUUUCUUGACAGACAAAUUAUUGUUGAUUUUGGUGGGGAAACAAAAAUGCGCUGAUUCGGCAUUUCUUUCUUCUUCAGUGUUUGAUCAGUAUGUCAUUCGCUUGAUUGUUAAAGAAGUAAUGUUGGAAACAGAAUCUUCCAUAACAUCACAUGAGAGCCAGAGUGCCUACUCUACUUCCAGCGCCCUGUUAAGCAAAGCAAAUAGAGCAAAGUUAAUUGAAAGUCUUUCCCCAGGUUUUGGUUACCCAAACAGAGGGCUCUUAUUAACAGCUAACACCAGUAGUCAGAGCGGAAGGCAUGGAAGAAGGCUUAUUAAAGAAAUCCAGAGUCCUCCGUCCAGUAUCUGUGAUGGCUCCAUAGACCUAGAAACACUAGGCGCUCAGCCUAGGAACCAACCAGCAACACUGCCCCGGCACAGCAGCACUCCAGACCACACCAGCACCCCAGAGCCUACUAAUUUGUCUCAAUGGAAUAACUUGCAAAGGGAAAAGGAAACUUCCCGUUUAACUAAGGAAGUGGAAAAUUUAUCUAGGAACCUCAUUGAAAUGCAGCAAUGUCUUUCUGAACUCACAGACUUUCUACAUAAUGGGAAGAAACCCUCUUCUGUGUAUCCACCCUUUCAGGAUCCUCCUUACGUUCACAUCAUUUACCAGAAACCUCAUUAUGUAGGUCUUAUUACUGAAAAAAGAGCGGUGCUUCUCUGCAAUGGCAAACUAAGACUCAGUACAGUUCAGCAGACUUUUGGCCUGUCUCUCAUUGAAAUGCUACACGACUCCCACUGGAUCCUUCUCUGUGCUGACAGAGAUGGCUUUAUCCCAUUAACUUUCAUGGCCACACAGGAAGUAAUCAUAAGAGAUGGCUGCCUGUCCAGGUCAGAGGUCUUCAGAGACUGUUUGUCUUAGCCAGGAUUCUGUUCCUUCUCUUAAACUCUUUUUUUUUUUUUUUUUUCUUUUGGCCUGGGCUGGGUUUGAACCCGCCACCUCCGGCAUAUGGGACCGGCGCCCUACUCCUUGAGCCACAGGCACCGCCCUCUUCUCUUAAACUCUUUAGAGACAUUACUGCCCAUAAUCUAGAUAUCUCUGGCUGUUCUAACCAUUUAGCCAGUAUUGCCUAGUAUCAUUUGCUGUGCGGCUCUUCAGAGGAGACCAUGACAAACAAGGUCUGUUUUCCACUGUGGACUCUCAAGGGUGGGAUUGGCACUGCACGGGGGUGGAGCACUUGCUAGGGUUUGCUCUGCCGCUCCCCCACUUUUCCCCUGGGCUGAGGCAUGCUCCUCUGCAGCAGAGCUCAUCUUCUUUAGAUGGCUCAGAAAAGUGCUUGUUUAUGUAUUCAUGACUGUGUGGUUUUGUCUAAGGGCAGAAUUCCCAGAACAAAACAAUAUUAUGGUGCCAUAUGGGUUGUUUUAUGGUUUCUCUGAGGUUUUGCGUCCCUUGCUCAAAGCUGUGUUGAAGGUGUCUUAGGAGGACUUAAAAGAUACCUCAGCAUUGUUAUAGGUCCUUUUUGGAUAAGAAGUGCUGCUGGAGAGCGUGUGCUCCAUGCUCCCGAGAAGCCUUUUAACCUCAAAACUGGCAGGAACGGGCAGAGCUCAAAGGAAGACAAAACCCACUGGCUUCUGCUCCCACAGCAACCUGCCACAGGAAGUAGCUCUGAUGUUGUCUGACCUCCCAGGAUUUACACUUGACCUUCCAGCCUCCUUAAAAAUUCUGACUGAGAGGCUCAGCCCCUGUAGCUCAGUGCCUAGGGCGCUGGCCACACACACCAGGGCUGGUGGGUUAAACCCUGCCCAAGCCUGCUAAACAAUGACAACUACAACAGGAACAACAAAAAAUAGCAGGGUGUUGUGGCAGAUGCUACUUGGGAGGCUGAGGCAGGAGAAUCACUUGAGCUCAAGAGUUUGAGGUUGCUGUGAGCUGUGAUGCCACAGCACUGUACUGAGGGCGACAAAGUUAGACUCUGUCUCAAAAAAAACAAACAAAAAAGAAAAUUCUGGCUGAGAAAGGUCUAGAUACUCUUAAAAACUAGGUGGGUGAAUUUCGAAUGACAUUUCAAGUAAAUUAACCCAUCUGGGCUCUACUUGAGGUUGUGCUGAUGCUUCUAGUAUGCUUUUUUUUUUUUUCCUGUUUUAGGAUCAUAACAAUUUCCUAUUUUUUUCACAGUAGUCAGCUUCAUUGGUUAACUUGUCACUUCAAUUUUGAUAUUUUUUCCCCUCUAUUUUCAAGUCUUAAGAGACCAAUAUGCAAUCUGUGAAAGUAUUUCAGAAAGUUAGAAAUUUCACUGAAUCUGAGGUAGUUCUAAAAAGUACCAGUUUAUUAUGGAUGUGGCUUAAAGUACCAGUUCAGUAUCGUGGCAAGAGCCCUCAUUAUCUUCAGAUGGACACCCCAGUUCUGCCACACUGCCUUUGGACAAGAUCACAGAUUUCAAUUACUGCAGCAUAACAAAUUGAUCAGUGUGUAGCUAGACAGCACAUCUGCAGAUAAAUUAUGUCAGCCAUAGAAGCUCCAUAAACACAUAUGUUCCUCUCUCCUUCUCCUCCCUUUAAAAUCAACUAGAAAAAAAAAUAUUUUGGGUUCGGCAGUGCCUGUAGCUCAAGCGGCUAAGGCACCAGCCACAUACCAGAGCUGGUGGGUUUGAAUCUAGCCCGGGUCUGCCAAACAACAAUGAAAACUACAACCAAAAAAUAGCCAGGCGUUGUGGCAGGUGCCUGUAGUCCCAGCUACUUGGCAGGCUGAGGCAAGAGAAUUGCUUAAGCCCAGGAGUUUGAGGUUGCUGUGAGCUGUGACACCAUAGCACUCUACCCUGGGCAACAGCUUGAGGCUCUGUCUCAAAAACAAACAAACAAAAAAAAUUAUAUAUAUAUAUAUUCUGUAUCCUUGGGGACUUCUGUCUGUCUGUUACAGUUUAUGGAGAUGGAGCUGGGCUAGGACAAAGUGAAGGCCUAUUUUGUGGUUCAAAUGCAUUAGACAGCUGCUGGUAAUGGAAGUGGAGGCCAGUUCUGUCAUCAGUGGCUAGAGAGUGGGAGAUGAGGACAGUCUGAGGCCUGGCUCCAUUUGUGAAAGAAGUGUCUAGGGUAUGGUGAAAUCACAACCAUCUUGAAGCUUUAUUAGGGGAUUAGGGGACCCUUGAGUAAGAUCCAUGUGGGGUGCCUGAAACGGGAAUGCUGUAAUCUCCAUUUCUCAGGUCAAAAUCCUGUGAUGGGGUCUUAAAUGAGACAUUAUGGCUACUGUGGCUAUUUUGAAUAUUUCAAUGGUAUUUUAUUGGUGAUUAUUGCUGGUAUAGAGAAAUAUUCUUGCUUUUAUAUAUAUGUAUGUUGUCUUUGUAUUUCUUCUGGUAGACAGUCCAGAAUUAUAAAUGGUUUCUUUACAACAAAUCUGGUUCCAUGUCAACCCUCACACAAGAGAUGUUUCCUUGGGCUCUAUUUUUAUUGUAGUCAUUGGGACAAUAGAAAAUAAUCCAGUAUUUGCUGGCUUUGGAGACAGAGAAGAACUAAAUUCUAAAUUAUUGUGUAAUGUUAUAUUGAAAAUAUUUUGCAUAAAGAUAUUAUUUGCAAAUCUCAUUUUGUACCCAAGUUUUUCUAAAUUUUGAAUGAAUAUUAUGUGAUUCAUACAGUUUCCAGCCCCUCUUCCAUCCAGAGAGUUAGAGGGGUGGAAAUGAGAGUUUCAACCCUCUGAUCACAUGGCUGGUUCCUCUGGCAACUGUCCCCAUCUUCCAAGAAUCACUCCAUUAGCAUAACCUUAGAUCUUCCUGAAAAGGGUUUAUUAUGUAUAGCAAAAGAUGUUCUCUUCACCCCUAUCACUCAGGAAGUUACAAAGGUUUUAGAAACUCUGCUAGGAAGCAGGGGACCAAAUAUGUAUUUCUUUCUUUUUUUUUUUUGAGACAGAGUCUCACUAUGCCGCCCUUGGUAGAGUGCUGUGGCAUCACAGCUUACAGCAACCUCUAACCCUUGGGCUUACGCGAUUCUCUUGGUUCAGCCUCCCAGUAGCUGGGACUACAGGCGCCUGUCACAACACCCAGCUAUUUUUUUGUUACAGUUGUUGUUGUUUAGCAGGCUUGGGCUGGGUUCGAACCUUCCUGCCUGGAUAUAUGUGGCUGGCAUCCUAAUUGCUGAGCUACUGGCGCCGAGCCUUCUUUUCUUUUCUUUCGUUUUUUUGCUUUUCUUUUUUUGACAGAGUCUCACUUUGUUGUCAGGACUAGUGCCAUGGUGUUAGCCUAGCUCACAGCAACCUCAAACUCCUCCUGGGUUAAAGCAAUUCCUUCUGCCUCAGCCUCCCAAGUAGGUGCGACUACAGCACCAGCCACAAUGUCCCGCUAAUUUUUCUAUUUUUUUAGUUGAGCUCAAGGGAUCCUCCUGCUCUACCCCCGGCAAAAGAGUGGGACUCUGUCUCAAAAAGCAAACAAACAUAGCUGGGCAUUGUGGCAGGCGCCUGUAGUCCCAGCUACUCGGGAGGCUGAGGCAAGAGAAUCGCUUAAGCCCAGGAGUUGGAGGUUGCUGUGAGCUGUAUGAUGCCAUGGCACUCUACUGAGGGCCAUAAAGUGAAAUGCUUUCUCUACAAAAAAAAAAAGCAAACAAAUAAAAAACUACCCCUAGCUUCCAAACAGGUGAUGUUCUCUGUAGAUAAUGAUGCAUGAUUCCAUCAUAAAGACGCAAACUCAGGCGACAGUGAUUAUUAUCAAGCAAAUGAGAGACAGUGGCUGAUUAUUCUUUUUUUUUUUUUUUUUUUUGAGACAGAGUCUCACUUUGUUGCUCUUGUUAGAGAGCUGUGGCAUCACAGCUCACAGCAACCUCAAACUCUUGGGCUUAAGCGAUUCUCUUGCCUCAGCCUUCCAAGUAGCUGGGACUACAGGUGCCGCCACAACACCCGGCUAUUUUUUUGUUGUUGUUGUAGUUGUCGUUGUUGUUUAGCAGGUCCUGGCUGGGUUUGAACCUAUCAGCCCUGGUGUAUAUGGAUGGCGCCCUAGCCACUGAGCUACAGGCACCAAGCCAUGAUUAUUCUCAUUAUUUUAGUUAAGCCUGCUCCUUCCCAAAGUUCUGGGGGCCCUUUCUCUAGUUCUUGCCUUCCACCCCUCUACCAAUUUAUGAGGGUGGUUUCACUACAACAGUUUGCCAUGUGGUAUGAGCCAAGCCCACCCACAUCUGGUCUUAGAACUUUCUGUCCGGUUUCAAAUAACUUCCUCCACCUGAUACACACACUACAACCCUCGUUUUUCCUGGCUCAGCCCAUGCUCACUGGAUAUGGGGAUGGGGCAGUGGAGGAAUGAGGAGAAAGAAAGUA